AUGAAGACUUCCGCUGUUGUCUUGGCCUUUGCAGCCACAGCCUAUGGCGCUCGCUUUCCUGUCCUUGACAAGAGAGGAGACGAUGCGUCCGUUUGCCGGACCUACCUGACCACCUAUAUGGUUCCUUGUGCUUCCAGCUCCAUUGAACCCAUUGUGGCCAACUCGACCUCUAGUGCUGCUCUAUCCAGCGCUCCUCCAUCUUCUUCCGUCCCCCUUAAGCUAGACGUGACGACCACACCUGGCUCGUCUUCGGCUCCUUCUUCCGUUGCACCCAGCAGCUCUGCCCCCGCCAGUAGUUCUGCUCCUGCUAGCAGCUCUGCCGCCCCAAGCUCCGCUGGCAAGUCCAGCUCUGCUCCCUCUACUUCUAUGCCCAAGUCUACUAGCACUCCUAUUAAGAGCUCUUCCAGCAGCAAGCUCACCGUCACUCCUACUCCCAGCUCUAAGCCAAGCAAGACUAGCUCUGCCGUGUCUUCCUCCAAGAGUGCCGACUUAGUAGAUGUUGUUGGCUUCGAAUGUGGCUGCAACUGGCUCGUCAAUGGUGAGACCCUCUACUGUGUCAACACUACCACCGGUGUCCACCAGCUGGUCAAGGACAAGAUUGUCGGCGGUGUCGGUGCUUCCAUGAACGCCCUUGCCGUUGAUCCCCAGAACGGUCUUCUUCAAACUAUUGUCACUGGCGAUACUAAGGAAAAGGGUCCUGUCUUUGGUAGCAUUGAUGGUGACGGUGUCUACUCCGUCUACGGCCCUGCUCCCGCUGCUGCUCUCGUUGGCGAGAUUGACGACAAGCCUAACUACUGGCUCAUGGACAACACCACAUGGUACCAGGUCAACUGGAACCAGAACGACGCUGAUGGCUAUGCUACGACUAGAGCUUCUGGUAGCUGGAGCAGCUUCGCCUACAACGUCUAUGAUUGGGCCUUCAUCCCCGACGCCGGAGACUACCUGUGGACUGUUGCCACCAAAAAGUCCGACAACUCUGCUGCUCUUGCCCGCUUCUCUCGCACCUCGCACACCUGGGAGGUUGUCAAGAGCUAUGGCAACCUCAUUGGUGAUGACCACUUUGGUCCUGCUUGGGGCUACAUUGGCAAGACCCUCUUCACCUCGGAAAGCAAGACUGGUAACAUCUACUCCAUCACGGUUCCUGAUGGCACACCCAAGAUGCUUUCUGUCUCCAACAUCAAGACGCAGGCAUUCUUCAACGAUGGUGCCCGCUGCUGGAACAACAGCUUGUCUGACUUCCCUAUCAAUGCUUAG